AAUUUUAUCUCACACACUCUCGCCCGAUCGAUGAAUGAAAACCACGGCCGGUUAUCUUAUCUUUUACUAGACUGAAUUUGGCCUUUGGGAUUCCCAGAAUCUACUCAGCCAGCUCUGUUACUUCAUGAUAAAGGGUUGCUCUUUACUCUGAUUACUUGGGAAGGAGACUGUUCUAAAAACAUGUGGCUGAACUUUGUGUUAUGCCAGUAUUUGAAAGAUGCCGAAUGCUACCAAUUUGACUAGACAAGUUCUGUAAGAGCACGAUAUUCAGACAAGUGUUCAUUGGAGCUUGACCUAGAGGUCAAGAUGGAUGAAAGAAGAAGACAUGAGGUCAGAGGUCAGAACCAUCCUGGAACGGGGUAUGAUGCCAAUCAUCAGUUCCAGCAUCAAGACACAAGUUACAGUGAUCAGAUAACGCAAAGGGACAGAUAUGAACAGUACAUGGACAGGACCACCCAACCUUCAUCGGCAUAUCACGGCGGUGCAGCACACUUUGGUAACCAUGGUGAUCAAGGUCAACCUUACUCACAUUGGCAAAGCCAGCCCCAGUAUCCAUCCCAUGCACCAAAUAUGUACAUCCCUCAGGCAUAUCCUAAUUACUAUGACCAAAGUAGAUUCCAAAGUGGCCAAACUACAGGACAUUUACCAUACUCUGGAUUCAACAGGUUUGGUAAUGCUGUUGAUAGGAUUCCUAACCCUCCUGUAUCACAGUCAUUACCAUGUGAUAGAAAUACUGUUGACAGAAGACAACAUUCUUGGAAUAAUGAGAUGUAUAGCUCAAGACAGACAAUGGCUCAAGACUCCAGAGGCUACCCACUGAGUUAUGGUGCUACACAUGGAAGCGAAACAGAUGCUGUCCCUCCCCAAAUUCCUCAGGGUAAUUCACCAAACAACUACUAUACCAACCCUGAGAUGCCUGUCAAAGAUGGAAGCAUCAAGGACCCAUACAAUGCAGCAAUAGACAGGAGAAGUUUACCAAUGCACUAUGAUGCUGCUAAUGUAACUCCUGGAUUGGAGCCACGAUUGAACAGUAGCAAGUCUGAGGUGCCCAUUCCACCUACAUCUUUGCAGAAUUAUUCAGGGGAAGUUCAUCAAUCAAAGUUUGAACCUCCUGCUAAUGUUCCUUUGCCAAUUUGCACUGGAGGCGUGUGUCCAUUACCUGCAAGCACUCAACAGAACAAGGACAUGUCUGAUGUUAACUGUAAACAGUAUUACCGAACAGAAGACUCUCAUAACACUAGACAAAAGGCAGAAGAAUCGCAUUGUAGUAGUGGACAUUCCUCUUUCUCUGAAAAUGAAAAGCUGCCAUCAUCAUCAAGCAAAUCUAAGGUACCAGUUCCACCUACAUUUUUGCAGAAUUAUACAGCGGAAGUUCAUCAAUCAAAGUUUGAACCUUCUGCUACUGUUCCUUUGCCAAUUUUAACAAGCAAUAGCACUGAAGGCGCGUGUCCAUUAUCUGCAAGCACUCAACAGGACAAGGACAUGUCUGAUGUCCGAACAAAAAACUCUCAUAACACUAGACAAAAGGCAGAAGAAUCACAUAGUAGUAGUGGACAAUCCUCUUUCUCUGUAAAUGAAAAGCUGCCGUCAUCAUCAUCAUCAAGACAAGAUAAUGUAAAAAUCUGGAAUUCUAUCUUUGAUAAAGUGGAAGGUAUUGUUGACCAGGACACUCUCAACAACGAGAGUGUUGUUACAGGAGAUGAGAGAAAAGAGCUAUCUUUUGUUUGUCAGGAAUCCUUAGACCAUCUUGCCAAGACGACAGAAGAAGAAAAGAACUGUAAAAUUCCUGCUGAUUCUAGAAAAUUUGAAGAUAGAACUAUCGAAUCUGAGAAAACGUUUACUGCAUCUGAAAGUAAAAACAAUACGAAGGAGGAAAUAUCAGAGAACAACGUCAAGAAGGUCUCUGAAACGAUUAGUGUCAGUAACACUGGGUGUGAUUUGCCAGUAUCUUCACCCUGUCAUUCUGGAGAUACCUGUUUAGAUCUGGCUGAUACCACACUUGAUAUUAAUGAGGAGAAGGAAUCACUGCAAAAGAGAAAUGUUAUACCCACUAAGAUCUGUGAUGGUCAUUCACCAGUGAAAGAAAGAAAUAUAUCCACGAAUACCCAUGCAAUAUCAGUUCGGACAACAGUAGAUCUGAGUGCUUCAGAAGUAGGCUGUAGCACUGUGGUGAAGUUUAAAGAAGGCACAUGCAAGUAUGUCAAGGGAGAGCCUACAAGUGACAAAGAGGAAGAAACAUUCUACUGCAGUAGUCAACAAGAUGGUGGUCCAGUAUCAGAGCCAGAAAACGAGUCCUCUGAAGAGGACAACCGUCCAGGAGUUCCAGGAGAGGACAGUCUACCAAUAGUCAAGCAGGAACCGCAAGAUGAGCAAUAUCAUCUACAGGUUGGUCACUCUGAAGAGGACAACCGUCCAGGGGUUCAAGGGGAGGACAGUCUACCAAUAGUCAAGCAGGAACCGCAAGACGAGCAAUAUCAUCCACAGGUUGGUCACUCCAUUACAGAGCUCCAAGUUAAGGAUGAAGUGAAACUUGAAGUAGGGGAUAAGAUUGGAAGUCAAAGUCCAACAGAACUCAGCAGAGGUGGUUCUGAUACUUCAAGAGACGAUGCUGUUCCUGUGAUCGUUCAAGGGAAUAUACUCAUGGAUAUGGACUGCAACUAUGACAGUGACACCUACGAAGUCAGUGGAGACAAACAGGAUGUCAACAAUUCCUUCAGCACAGGACAUGGAGUCGAUGAUGAUGGGAUGUUUGACAGAUGUACCUCAUGCAAUGAACUGGUUGCCUGUGGUGACAUGAUAGAGCAUCCAUUCAAAUGCAAGGCGAAACCAAACCCACCUGAAUCUCCAGUCAAUCUCCCAACCGAUCAACAACCACCUAAUGACGACGAGGCAGAGAUGAACUGUCCAGAAUGCGGUGUUGGCUUUGAGACGACAGACUUUCUUGUCAUCCACCUACAAAUUCACGAGAUGUUGGCCAAGAAUGCCAAGAAGAUGCAGGAAGAGAACCAGAUGAUGGUGAUGACUACUGAGGAGAUGGAGAAACAAAUGACACACAUCGCGGCAGACAUCACAGAGGAACAGCCCGAAGAGUGCGAGGUUUGUUUUGAGUCCUUUACUGACCCUACAAUGAUCCCAUACCACACCAUGAUGCAUCAACAGUUUCCCUUCCACUGCAGGAAGUGCAAUCUCUUUUUCAACACACUAACCGAACUCCACAAAGCACGCUGCAGCGACCACAAGCGCCACAAGGUCUUCAAGUAUAGGUGUAAGAAGUGCAAGCGCACCAUCCUGGACUCGUACAAAAUGCGCAAGCAUCGGAAGAGAUGUGAAGGGAAUAUGGAAACAUGCAGGUUGUGCAAAAAGAAAUUCCCAUCCUUCCGGCAGUUAGCACACCAUGCAGAGAUUUGUAACGAAGAUCAGAUGAAGAAAAUUGGGGAGGAUGGCAGAGAAAUUAAUGAAAAAGAUAUUGUUUUGGAAGAGACCCUUUCGGAAAAUGAAGAUGCAGAUCUUGAAGCUGUAGAUCGUGAUGCCUUAGAUCACAGAGUAGACCGUAAAGCUGCUGAUUCUAAACCUGCAGGACAGGAUGUAAUAUAUCAUGAUACCAGUCUAGAAAUGAAAUUGGACAGCAGACCUGCCGAGGCUGAAAUCAAAGAAGCAAAUGAAACAACACAACUUUCAGAAGGAGAUGGCGGUGUGGUUCGAUGUAAGGUUUGUGAAAGGGAACUACAUAUAUCUCUUAGAUAUCCCAGAAGAGCAUGCAUGGAAACUCCAGAGUAUUGCAAGGCGUGUCUUCACAUGGUAAGAUCAAAGAAUCUGUCCUCUUAUGACAAGAGUUCAGCAUCUAAGAAAGGUUCACACCAUAAAAGAAUGUUGCCCCUUGAGGGCAGCUCAUCAAAUGAAGAAACUUGUGAGAAUGCCAUCACAGAACCUUCAACAAAGAAGCACAAGAAUGAGCCAACAGAUGGUGAAACGUGUGGCGCUUGUGGAAGAUGGUUCAAGAACUUCGAGAAAUUGGAAAAGCAUGCUGGAAAAUGUGAUGGUGUCAUGAAUAAACAUUCAUGUCUAGAGUCAACAAAACAAGAUGAUGAUCUCAACUUGGACUGGAAGUAUCCUACAGUGCAUCGGUGUCCUAAAUGUGACAGGAAGUUUUUCAAAGAGAAGAAGUUAAAGAAGCAUGUGAAAUCAUGUCUGUGGAUUCAAGAUAGCACUUCUGCAGAGUCAUGUGUAGACUCAAGUGCACUUGUGGAUGAUGCAUCGGAUCAGGAGGAUGAACUUCCGUUGUCUGCCUUGAAAAAUACUAAUGGUACAGGUGUCAGAGAUUCAGUUGGAGUAGAUACAUCAGAUAAUGAUGACCAUACACCUGUUACCUUGCCAGAUGAAACCUUGGAAUCAUCUAAUGAGAGCAGCAGGAUAGAGUCCAUGUCUGGAACAGAAGAUAACCAGAGGAAAGAGGACAAAGGAGAGUUUGAUCAGAAUACCGGUGACAUUCCCAAGGAGUGUGCCACCAAUGGAAGCGUGCUAUCACACCAGAACAAGACAUCCUUCAUAGAGAAUAGUAUAAUCCUUGAUAAUGCAACUCAUGUACAAAGUAAUACUAGAACGUCCUGCAACCCUGUCAGUGCAUCAGGAUUAUUGGAGGAAAAUUUGCCUGUGGAAUUAAAAUGCGACACUGAUACAUACAAUGCAAAAUCAAAAGGGCAAGUUCAUGGGAUGGAAAUAUCCCCUAAAUCAAACUUUGAGGAAGGCUCAGAGAAGGACACUGAUCCUUCAAUUGCAUCAACACAACAAGUAACGUUAGGUGAAAGAGAGACUGUGAGCUCUACAUCUGAACCUACUAUGGCAGUUCCUGCUCCAGACGAAACAAGUCCAACAGACAUUUCAUCAGAUGAUAUGCCACAGCAACACUUGUCACAAGGAAAUGGGUCACAGACAUCACUUGGAGAAACGAUGACACCAUCCUACUCAUCAUGUGAUAAUUAUCCAAGGACAAAUGUACCUUCGUUUACCCAGGCUGAAGAAAAAAUGGAGAGGGUCUCUAUGGAUUCUGCACAUUCUGCACCUAAAGAUAUAGGAAAUGCAGAGACUAGUUCAUCAUCACCAUCAGCAUUGUCUCUCCCAGUCAAUGUGAAAGAAGAGCAGCAUAUGGUAGAGGAGUCUGAAUCUUGUUGUCCAGAGGUUAACAAGGAAGAGAUGGAAGGAAUGGUGUAUAACAAUGGUGAUGAAGACACCGAGUCAUGUCCUAUGGAUGAAGGAGUCACUAAAUCAUCAAAACCUGAGCUGGCAUCAGGAGUUGCUGAUAAUGCUAAGUCAAUUUCUUUUGUUGAUGAAGCUGCUUGGCAGUUUCCUGGACAAUCUACAGAUGAUGAAGACACAAGAGGGUCCAUGUCUCAGACAUCUUCAAACUUGCUGGACAUCCACACUCAAGGAACGUCAACAACUGCCCCUCCACAUCAAGAGUCUGCCCAGACAGGAUUAUCCCAAGACAGUUCAUUGAAUGCUAACCAGGCAUCAGUUGAGAUGAUGUCUGGUAUUAAAGAGAAGGGCCACUUCUCUGGGCUAAAGGAUGAGAGCAGUAUGGGUUCAUCAUUGGACGUUGAGUACACUAUGGGUUUAGGAGCUGUCAAAACUAUUUCCCUUGAAUGUGAAGUAAUCCCAGGUCAUCACUGUGUCUACUGCGCUGCAGAAUUCCCUUCCAAAACCAGUCUGUGGAAGCAUGCCAGAGGGUGCCGUGACAACCAUCUAAAGGUGAUAGCCAAUCGGGUUGCGGGAGAUAAGGAAUACCAGCAGGUGAAUAAACCAGGAAGUAUGGGAAAUGUCCCGUGGCAGGUGCUAAAUGAUUACACCAAAAAGGAGGCUAUGAUCAUGAAAACUGAGAUCGGAAUAGAUCUGAAUUGCGUCAUACCCGCUGUGGGUUACAGAGCUCCACCCAACAGACCUCCAGACCCAGACACUGUCAGGAGCAGGAGAAGGAAGAAGAAAAAGAAAAGUAAGGUUAAAGAAGAUGUUGAGGUAGAGAAAAAGAGGAAGAUUGAGAGAAAGAAGAGAAGGGUAAGGGAGAUACAACGAGAGAAGCUCCGUGUACACGCCAAACUGCAACAACUCGAACAAAACAAUGUGAAUAAGUUCAGAAAUAAGGAACAACAGACAACAUUCACAUGUGAACUGUGUGAUCGAUCAUUCCACUCGACAGAGAAAUUUGAAAAGCACAAAGUAAGUCAUGUGUCUCCCCCACAUAAGAAGACUCUCGCGGUAUAUGUGGAGAAACUAAAUGUGGAAGAAAUUGAAGAUGGCAAAAAGUCAACCACAAAACCUUCAGGCUCUGCUAAGUUAAAAGAUAAAGAAUCCUCAAAAAAGAAACAUUCUAAACUUGCUGAAAAUAAGUCAGUAGCCAAGAAGACAAUAACGACUACUAAGCAAAGACUACCACAGAAGAAAGAUGAUAAACAUGUUUAUGUGCAUGUUUAUGUGGAUGUAGAAAGUGUAGUGGGAAGUGAUACAGAGCAAGCAUCUAGCAAGAAAAACACUUCUAGAGAAAUACAGCAGAGUGCUGUAAAACCUGAUGUUUCUGUACCCAUAGUGGGAUCCAUUGGUACUGCCCCUGUGAGUGUGGAAGACCUUCAGCAGGCUGAUGCAGGGAUCUUACAUGGGAAAGCUAAAGGGGUUACCUGGAAGAAAAAUGAAUUUGGUGUACAGUUUCCAGUGGUUAUUGAGGUAGAGUGUCCAGAUUGUCAGAUGAAGUUCAGUCACCAAUCCACAUUAGAUAGACAUAGGAGGCUACACAGAAAGUAACUCAUUUGAUGUAAUUUGAGGGGUCAGCGACAAAAAGACGUAACUCCAUUUAGGCCAUUUUGAGAAAAGGUUGUUUAUGUGUCACUGAGCACUUAGGUCUUAAGGAGUUAAGUCUAUUAGAUGUUUCAUUAGCCAUUGACUUCGAUGGGGUGUUGGGUGGAGCUGAGUCUUUGUGUUUCCUGGAAAGCCCACAUUUUUCUGAACAUUAUGAUAUCAAAUACUCAUUUUGGCAUAAUAUGGAGUUACGUCUUUGUGCCACUGAACCCUUGAAUUGGUGUCUCAAUGUGAUUUAGUAUCAAGGGCUUGAAAGGAGGCUGUUUUAUGCAAUAAUUUCUGUAUUAAUGCCAUUCCGAGAAAUGUGUCUCCUACGUGUAGUCUUUUUACGAAAUUUUCAACCAAAAAUGAAUUGAUUGAUCUGACUAUUGAAUGGUGCUUUCUUGCAUCACUACCAUUAAUCAUAGUUAUAUCAAAAUAUUUUUCAUUCAUGAUUGAAAACGUUUGAAACGUUUUGAUGAAGGUCAUAUGUCAUCUGGGACACUUUGCACGGAAUCUCACAAUAUCACCAAUAUUUGUAUUGUCAUCAUUAUUGUCAUCGUUGUCAUUAAUUUUAUAAUCACGACCAUCAUCAUUACCUUCACCUCUUCCCUUUAUCACAUCAUCAUCGUCAUCGUCAUCAUCAUCAUCAUCAUCAUCAUCGUCAUCAUCACCAUCAUCAUCAUCAUCACCAUCACCACCACCACCACCACCACCAAAACCAUUUAUUGUCUUUGCGAUCAGUAUAAUCCUCAUCAUCAUUUACAUCAUCAAUGGUAUUUUGAAGGACCAACCUAGUCACCUUGUAUAAUAUUCUAAUAUAAAUACCAAUACCACAUCAUUAUCAAAUCAAAAAUUCAAUUAUAAUUUUUAAUGUCACUGCUUCACAAAAGUGGUGUGAAAUGCCUUCCAUUUACUUCUAUGUCUUUUAAAGGGGAAGUGUCCUCUGACAUUAAAUUGGCUUUAAUCAAAGCAGUAAAUGAGUGAAACAAAUCAGUGAAAGUUUGAGCAGAAUCUGGUUAAAAGUAGGAAAGUUAUGAUUUUUUUAAAGUUGUCAUCAGUGAAACACAAAUUGGCGACACUAAUUUAUC